AUGUUAAUAAAAGGGAAAGGCAAAGAAAAGGAAAGAAGAGAAAAGAAAAAAAAAACAACAAGGAAAAACGACAAAUAAAAAGAGCCGACGAGAACGAAAAAUCGAAUCGAUUGGACUGGGAGACAUAAAUCUUACGAUACUUCACGAAGCGGUUAGCGGAGUCGUUAAAACUUAAUGGCGCUUAAAUCCGACGAAUUGAGCGUGAAGCCAUCGAUAACCUCGCCUUCUACUAUUCGUUCUAACAUUUUUUUUGUCUUCUUCUAUCUUUUUCAAAGCAAACUGUGGAAAGAGAGAGCGAGAGAGAGAGAGAGAGAGAGAAAGAAAGAGAGAGAAAUGAAAUCGCGAUAAGAAAGAAAUGCUUAUGAUAAAUUCCUCGUGAUUGAUGGGGUUGCUUGGUGAUAAACAAAAAAACAAAGCAAAGGAAGAAGAAAAAAAAAGAAAAAAAAAUAGCUCAUUUGUGGCACGAUCUAGCAGCCUACUUUCGAAGAGCUUCUUCAUUAUUCGCGGACAUCGAGAUCAGGCAUCUGUCUGUCUAUCUCUCUCCUUCUCUCUCGUUCGUGCCAAUGCUGUUUGCCCAACAAUCACGUUAAACGGAUUAUCUUGAUCACGUCGGAUGAACGAUCAAAUAUGUGCCGGCUUUUCCUCGACCGACGGCGGGACCUUCGCAAGCGGAUAAUUGAUUGGAUUCUAUUUGCACUGAUCCGCUGAUACAGAAGAACAAAAAGAGAAAGAGAGAGAGAGAGAGAGAGAAAAAGAGAGUGGAAGAGGAACAAGGAUACAUUUACACCCACGAAAGCUUUUGACCUUUUUUAUACGCUAUCAUUCAGUCCAAACCUUGCCUACCUACAACGAACAUCCUAUCUUUCGUGCUUGAAUCUAAAUACGGCUACUUUAUCGAUAGCUAUCGAAAGAGUUUACAAGAUUUUCUAUAAAAAUUUAAAGAAAAGUGAUAUCGAUUCGAAGGAAACCUGCAAGCAAGGAUUCUAAUCGUGGUGAAAUAAUUAAACGCUAAGGAAGGAGAACGAGCAAGAGAAAGGUGGAAGAGGAGGAGGAGGAGGAGAAGGAGGAAGAAAAGGGUAGAGAAAAGGAGGGCGAAAGCACGUUAAUCGUUAAGAGAUCGUUGAACCUGAUAAAUUAGGGAGUUCAUAGAUAUCUAUAUAUAGAGAGCUAGACUCUUUGUGAGAACUCACACUUUGGAGAAUUUUACGAAGGAAAGAGAAAAAAAAAAAAAGAUAAAAUAGAAUGAUGCCUUUAAAAAAAGAAACUAUUAGAAUCACGAGAGUGUUCAUGAAAUACCGAAAAGGAAAAGGACAACGACGAAAACGAUUCGAAAGUUUCUGCCAGACUUUGCAAUGCUAUUGCUCUCAUACAACUGUCCACGGCUUGAGAUAUGUCUCGGAUAAAGAAUUAAGUUACUUCGAGAGACUUUUCUGGCUGUUUAUAGUAGUUCUUUCGUCGAUUUUUGCCAUUGGAACGAUCUACAUGAUAGCCGAAGAAUUUCAGACUUAUCCAACGUCCUCGAGCAUAGAAUCAACGAAUUACAAAAUUUCUGGUAUACCCUUUCCAAGUGUGGCCAUUUGUCCGAAUCAACACGUCGAUUGGAAUACGGCAAUGGAUCUCGAGAAAAAAAUCUUUUCUAAUUCUACGAAAGAAAGCAGUGUCACGACUUUUCGUGAAUUACUAGAGAAACUAUCGAUCAUAAAUCUUGGUGAUUUCGAUCUUUUUAUGUUCCUAAAGAAUCGAGAUCUUGACGAACUCGCUGAUAUCAACGUGACGAGAAUACUUCUGGAAACGAUACCAAAGUGUUCAGAUCUCUUCUCUCGUUGUUGGUGGCGAAACUCUUAUCGUGACUGCUGUGAGAUCUUCGAGGUUCAAAAGACAGAGUAUGGCUUUUGUUACUCCUUCAAUUCGGAGUUGUCAGAAGAACGGAGAGAUCAAAUUGAAGACAAGGAAACGCGACCGCGAAGAACAUCUGGUUACGGCGAAUGGAGCGGCGUUCAACUGAGGAUGAAUUUGGAGAAUAUAAAAAAACCACCAAAUUCUAAAGAAAUGGACGGUGGAAACGUGAUGAUACAAGGACCGAGAGUUUGGCCUAACAGCGGCACCAUGACACCAGUCGGCGUUAUUCUCAACAUCGCCUUAGACUGUAUUUCGGGAUAUGCGACACAGCGAGUCCUCGAGCUCGACAACGACAGGAUGCCGUGCAAAUACGACGAGAACGGACUUUAUAACCAGCAAACCUGCAUAUCUUUUUGCAAGCGAGCUUACGCGGUCAAGUACUGCGGCUGCAAUCCGUCCUUUCUAUUUCCAUCCAUUACUACCGUUCGUGAUUGUAAUAUCAAAGAUCUAAUUUGUCUCGCAGAGAAUAACGAUAUAUUCAAUUCGUAUUAUCUGCUCCAAGACAAGCAGAUACUCGAUGACAAACCAGGAAUGUUAUGCGAUUGUCCACCAGAAUGCGAGUAUUAUUUCUACAAACCACGAUUGACAGUAGUACCGAUAUCAGGAAGCAAGGAUAUCAUCGUGGACAUACAUUUCGAGACGCAAACGAGCUUUCGAUAUAAGACCGACAUUGUCUUAACGAAACUCGACCUCCUUGUAUCAUUCGGCGGCAUUAUCGGCUUGUUUCUCGGAGGUUCUCUUCUAAGCGCGGUGGAGCUCAUUUACUAUCUUCUAGUUCUCCUGUAUUGUUGUGUUUCUUCCUGGUACAAGUCGGCUAAGCGAAAAGUUAACGUUCAAGGAGAGAGCGAAUCUGUGGUAACGGUAAUUCCAAGAUUACCUAUUCUGGAUUAUGGACCCCUGAAAUCGCAAUCGAGGAAGAUUCCGAAUCUACUCGUCUACGAUUACGAGAAGCAGAAACCCGACAGAUAUUGAAGCAAUCACGAUGAAAUUACGGAUUUUCUAGAAACCUGAAAAGUGUAUGGAGAACAGGAAGAUAAGUGCAGAGUAAACAACUUCAUUAAAUCGGUACUAAGAAAUCCGGAAAAAGCGACUAACAAGGAGAAAGGGUAAGGAACAGCUGUAGAAAGUGCGCAGAAACGUCACGUGACGAGACAAGUACCACUUCACAUUUCUCUCUCUUUCUCUCUCUGUCUCUCUCUCUCUCUCUCUCUCCCCCCUUCUUCUCUUUCCCUCUUUCUCUUGUCGGAGAUACAUCACGCGUACCAAGUAAAAUCGUUCCAUAGUUUCCGUAUUUUCGUCUUUACCACCAUGGGAAUGCUUCGCAUCCGGUACUAAGGGUAAGAUGGGACUAAAUGUACGCGGCUGUCUAACGGGCCUCCCAUUUAGCCAUUUAUUAUUUACGAUGAGUAUACUGAAGAGCUAAAGGUAAGACGUGCAAGAAGGACGGAUGAAAGAAAAGAUAGAGAGGAGUUGAGUAGAGGUGAGAAGUAACCUUGUGUUUCGUUCAUAACAUAACAACGUCGAGAGUGUAUAUACGGCGACGAACGGGGACUUUAGUAUUUGUAUAAUAUGAAUAUGAAAAUAUAUUCAGUAUAUGUAUACUACUUUUAUAUU